AUGGCAUGUGAAAAAGGAAUUUUUCUCGAUUGUACUAGUGAAGCGCCAUACUCUAUGACCAUAAACUACACACCUCCUGAUGCCAGCAAAGAAGAGCAAGGUCCAGCGGUAUAUGAUGCGUCGUGCUCUGGAUUGACUGGCCUUACGACGGAUUACUUGGCAUGCGAUGCUCCAUAUAGCUGGGUAACAACUGCGGUUGGGGAUGGUGGACAUGUGAAGGUAAGGAUGGAAUUCAAGGCGAAUGGACAUAGUUGGGGUGGGAAAGGAUCGUAUUCCAUAAAUGGAGUUGAAGAUAGUUUCUUGAUAAUGCCGGAUUUGUCGAGGGAUUGGAUUUAA